AUGGAUAUAAAUAAAUUGCCAAAUGAUAAAAAGCUAUAUCUAUGCAGAUGGUAUUUUAAAGUUGGAUGCGUUCUCUUGCCGUUUGUCUGGGCAGUUAAUGCAGUAUGGUUUUUCAAGGAGGCCUUUAUUAAGCCACCAUAUGAUGAGCAGAAACAAAUAAAGAGAUAUGUAAUAAUGAGUGGGGCUGGGGCGAUUGUAUGGGCAAUUGUUCUAUUGUCUUGGGUAGUUGCAUUCCAAGUACAGAGGGUUUCAUGGGGAUCUACAGGAGAUUAUCUAUCUUUUGUGGUGCCUCUUGGACGAGCA